AUGAUCACUUUAGCUGAGUACGAAGGGGUAGAUAAUUCCUUCGUAGUUGACACAACAUUGGAAGCAGGUGUGGAUGUUGAAUCUGUUGUUGAGGAACUUGUUGGACCUGAUGAGGGAACAUGUCUUGUUGUUCGGCGGGCACUCAGCAACACUCCUGAUCAAGUUUUUCAACGAAGUUUCGGCCAGACGUAUUUUGAUUUCAUAGUUGCUCGCUUGCUGUGGUUGUUCCUCUUCAUCUUCAUCGAUUUUAUUAGGCGAGCAGAGAUGUCUUUCAUCAUGGAGUUUGCUGAGAACUUAAUCCUGAGAAUGAUGGAAGAUCCAGUUGAAAGAGACAGAAAAUUCAGAGAACAUACAUAUCACAUGAAGGAACGUUGUGCAAAAACAAAGGAAAUGUGGAGUUACCCAAUUCGCCCUUAUGGGACCCUUAUGAUGAUCUUCUCCAAGAUCAUCAAACUGAAUCAUCAUCCUCUUCCUCCAAGUAAACACUGGUCAGAAAUUUCAAAAAAAAAAAGUUGGCCAAUCUCAGAUAUUGCAGGCAGCUUGAACGGGAACAUGUUCUCAUCAGAUGGACAUAGAGGUAUCAUUGGCAAAAAUACCAUCUUUCCAGCAUGUUGGCCAACAGCUAUUUCGGCAUCAAUUACAUUAUGCUGA